UUGCAUUUUCUUUAAUUACUACGCGUUCCCACAUGGAGUUCACCUUGCAGAUAGAAAUUUAAGAAUAUUUUGACAGUUUGUGCGAAAGUUAAAGAACAGUAAAUCGUUAACGUCGACACAGUUAGAGAUUCGCAUCAUCAUGGAUCUUCUAACUAUACUGGAAAAAACAACGUCAGGAGAUCAAGGUGAGCUUGAACAAGCACAGAAGUUCCUUGAGCAAGCGGCUGCACAAAAUUUGCCAGAGCUCCUAAAGGCCUUAUCAGAAAUUCUGAAGAAUGGCACAAACAGUCCGGUGGCUCGAAUGCAGGCUGGUAUUCAGCUGAAGAAUGCCCUGUAUUCCAAAGAUUCUACAUUGAAAGGAGAGUACCAACAGAGAUGGCUUCAGUUUCCAGAAGAAGUUCGCUUAUUCGUGAAAAUGAACGUGUUGGCCAGUUUGGGCACGGAGACAGUACGGCCCAGCUCUGCAGCCCAGUGUGUGGCCAAUAUAGCCUGCACAGAGCUACCCCAGGGCCUGUGGCCAGAGCUUAUCACCAUCCUGUGUCAGAAUGUCACAGACCCCAGUAGCACAGAGAUGAUGAAAGAGUCCUGCCUGGAAGCUAUCGGAUAUAUCUGCCAGGAUAUUGAUCCAGAGAUUCUCCAGACCCAGUCCAAUGAGAUACUCAGUGCCAUUGUGCACGGUAUGAAGAAGGAAGAACCCAGCAACCAUGUAAGAAAUGCAGCAACCAACGCACUUCUCAAUUCUCUAGAAUUCACUAAGGCAAACUUUGACAGAGAUCCUGAGAGACACUUCAUCAUGCAGGUGGUCUGUGAGGCAACCCAGUCUGAUGACACAAGAGUGAGAGUUGCUGCCCUUCAGUGUCUCGUGAAGAUUAUGUCCCUUUACUACGUCUACAUGGAACACUACAUGAGACCGGCACUGUUUGCAAUCACACUUGAGGCUAUGAAGUCAGAGGUGGAUGACAUUGCUCUGCAAGGGAUCGAGUUCUGGUCCACAGUCUGUGAUGAAGAGGUUGACCUGGCCAUAGAACUGUCUGAGGCUGCAGAGGCUGGUAAGCCCCCAGAGAGGACCAGCAGGUUCUAUGCCAAGGGAGCCCUGCAGUACCUGGUACCCAUACUGCUCACAUCACUCACCAGACAGGAGGAGUAUGAUGAUGAUGAUGAGUGGAACCCCUGCAAGGCGGCGGGGGUUUGCCUGAUGUUGAUGGCCUCGUGCUGUGAGGAUGACAUUAUCAAUCACGUGCUCCCCUUUGUGAAGGACAAUAUACAGAAUUCAGAUUGGAGGUCAAGGGACGCAUCUGUCAUGGCCUUUGGUUCUAUCCUGGAAGGUCCAGACCCCAACACCCUCAAGCUGCUGGUGGACCAGGCCCUGCCCAUGUUGAUAGAGAGUCUAAAGGACUCCAGUGUGAUAGUACGGGACACGGGGGCGUGGACUAUAGGCCGCGUGUGUGAGAUACUGCCUGAGACUGUGAUCAAUGACAAGUACCUGAACCCUCUCCUCAUGGCCUUGGUUGAGGGCCUGAAUACUGAGCCGAGAGUUGCCUCAAAUGUCUGCUGGGCUUUCUCCAGCCUGGCGGAGGCUGCGUUUGAAGCAGCUGACCAGCCUGAUGACGGGUCAGACCCUGCUACCUACUGUCUUUCCAAGUACUUCGAACAAAUUGUGGAGAAACUCAUCAUCACUGCAGACAGGACUGAUGGCCACCAGAACAAUCUCAGGAACGCUGCAUACGAGGCAAUCAUGGAGUUAAUGAAGAACAGUCCUAAAGACUGCUACCCAAUAGUGCUGAAAACUCUACUAGUGGUUCUAGACAAGCUAGAGAAAAUACUGCAAUUAGAGACAAUUAUAGAGUCCUCAUCAGACAGAUCCCAGUACAACGACCUGACAUCUUUGCUGUGUGCCACUCUACAGAGCGUGUUGCGGAAGGUGACCUCGGAUGACGCCCCCAAGAUCUCAGACCAGAUCAUGAACUGUCUGCUGAGGAUGUUCCAGUCCUCCACGGGGAAGUCAGGAGGCGUACAGGAGGACGCACUGCUAGCGCUCUCCACACUCACUGAAGUGUUGGGCGACCAUUUCCUCAAGUACAUGGAUGCAUUUAAACCAUUCCUCUUCCUUGCCCUGAAGAACCACGGCGAGUACCAGGUGUGUAUAGCAGCUGUGGGCAUUGUGGGGGACCUGAGUAGAGCUCUGGGCCAGAAGAUCCUGCCAUACUGUGAUGAGAUUAUGCUGCUUCUACUGGAGAACCUUGGGAAUGGUGGUGUCCAUCGGUCGGUGAAGCCCCAGAUUCUGUCCAUAUUUGGAGACAUCGCGCUGGCCGUGGGACCUCACUUCAAGAACUAUCUGGAUGUCGUCCUCACCACUGUACAGCAGGCCACACAGGCUCAGGUUGAUAAGACGGACUACGAUAUGAUUGACUACCUGAAUGAGCUGCGGGAAGGAUGUCUGGAGGCAUACACAGGCAUCGUGCAGGGGCUGAAGGGAGAUAACGACCAUCCAAACCAGGAUUUAGCAUUGUUACAGCCCCACGUAGGUCACAUGAUUUCCUUCAUUGAACACAUCGCAGUAGACGAGGACCACAGUGACAGCAACAUCUCGGCUUGCUGUGGACUCAUUGGAGACCUGUGCACCACGUUUGGUAACGUAUUGCUGCCUCUAGUCGACAAAGAGCCUGUGACCAGUCUUCUAACCAAGGGCAGACGAUCCAAGGCCAACAAGUGUAAGACUCUGGCAACGUGGGCCACGAAGGAAAUCCGUAAAAUGAAGAACGCCGCUCAGUCUUGAUUCCACUGCCAAAAUUACUACUGAUGAGAGAGAGAGAGAUUAAAGGGAACUUAACGCUCAACAUUGUUCAACUUCCACAGGAAGUUUACCACGGAGUUGUCUUUCGGAAUACGCAUGCUGUGAUCAGACAUUGAACACCGAGUGGGUCGGGGGGCGUCGCCCUCCUCAGCAGGGGAAACAACUCUGACGAUAUCUAAUUGGGAGGACAACUCUUGCGAGAAAGUGUCGAGAAUCAACUUGUGUGACUUGCGAGCUAGAUGGGAGAAAGGGAGAGUGCGGGAGAGAACCGUCAUUUUGUAGGAAAACUGGGCGUUAUGCAUGUGGGUUUAGUGUCGUCCCAGAUUAGUCUGUGCAGCACACUUUACGCACUUGCAUUCAGACCAGUUAUUCCAACAUGUGACUCAUAUGAAUCACCUAAGUGACUUUCUUUCAGUGAGAUAGAACACUAUACUUAGUACACUUCCAGGAUAUUUCGUCAUUUGGGAAUCACAUCCCACGUUUUGGGGAAGAGAGUUAGGUAUUUGUGGGAAAAUUGACUUCUGACGUUUCGACUACAAUUCCAAUGGAAGCUAUUUGGUGUUUUUUGGGACCUGUCUUUUUAUUGUCACUCAGACUUGAUGUGAGAGAUUGGUUUCUAAGGAUACUUGAUGGGAGAGAUUGGUUACCAAGGAUACUGGGACUUUGUUGUCUGCAUUCUACUGCUCAUCUACUUUACUGCAGUCUGUUCUUGUUUUAGCCCAAUAGAACUACUUUAUUUAGUUUAAUAUUUAUAUAUUUGAUAGCAAACUGCUAUACUAUUGAAAUCUAUUUAUAAAUUUGCUGUUAAUAUUUUACUUUCAUCAAGGAAUAAAGGCAGGGCUUGGGUUAGACAAUGGACUUGUUUUUUAAGUUCUUUUGUAGAAUCUUUUUUGCAAUACAAACCUAGGUGGUUUACAUGUUAUAAACUUACACGUUGCCAGUAUUCGCUGUUAGUUUAAAGUAUUCUAAAAACUGUCCUUCAAAUUCGUUCAAAUUCUUAUUUGGCUGCUAAAUGUUUAACUUGUUGCAAACUAACAUAGCUGCAGUUAUAUGACAAUUGUUGCUAAAUUCCUGCAUCAAAAUGUCUCUGAGCAUUUCGAAAACAAUUUCAAUCUUAACUUAGCAGAGAAAAAUUGUGAUGGUUAUUGUUAAUUUUAAUUUAGCGUUAACAUUAAGUGUUGCUUAAAAUGGUGAUGAAAUAAGCAUACAACAGUGUAAAUAAUUGACCCAUGUCUACGACCAUAGCAGGAUGUUUCCUGUAUAGUGAGCCUGUUCCUAUGAUCUCUGCAAAACAUGUCUACUAUUUUUUGACUGCAAAAUCUUGCUUCUGUUUUGAGCGCCAAGGGUGCAACAGGUUUCAUUUGAGCCUGGUUCUGGGGAAAUAUGCCUUAAUUUGUGUACGUAAUGUGUACUUGUGUAAUUUUUGUUUCGAAGAGAUUCCCUUUGUCCCUGAUUAGACUUCAGUCUGGGACCACACUACGCACAUUCAUUAAGCCGAGUUUUCCCAGAGUCAGGAUCAUUCCUGUUUCCUAUAUCCGGUCCUGUAGUGUAACUCUGGACUGUUCAAUUGUACUCCUUGAUUUUGAUGCUGCUGUCAUUUCUAUGAUGUCUUUAUUUCCUCUUCUCCACUGUGCUAUUUUGUAUAAAGCGUUGGCAUUUUGUGAAACGCGCUAAUUGUUAUAUAAUAAUUAUUUUGUGCUAUGUACAUACUAUUUUGUGUUACAUAGGGGGUUUAAUGCAAUAGAACAGUACAAGAAAGUAAUUGCAAUGUACAUACAGACUUGUUGCAGAGUUUUUUUUAGAAUGUCGAUUCGCAAUUUUUGCAGCACACGUGUUGAAAUAUCACUGCAAAUUGUAAUAUGAUUGUUUUCUCAGAAUAUCGUCGUCUCUAUCAUUUUGACUUUCUCAAGUUGUGUUAAUUGGAAGAAAUGAGAUAUUUUAAUUUAUCAUGUAAUUAGAGAUCUUUGGAUGUAAAAAGUCUAAUUAGCUCAUUAACAACACAGCUGAUUUAUUCGUUAGGCUUUAAAUAUAUGAUAUUUCUGAUAAGCCUGGGUGUAAUUUGUGUUACGUGCAUGCUUUACUUCUGUUAACUAAACAAGAAUGUUACCAAAUAUUUGAACAUGUAUAUUUUUCAAUCAUUAUUAUUUAUGUCAUCAAAUAUGAUGAAUUUGUUUAUUGCAUCAAGCCCCUUGCCAUUGUUUAUUUUUGGCUAAUUUUUAUGAAAGCAUUUUCCGUUUAAUUAUUGUUUUCUAAAUCAAAUCCCUAAAAGUCAGCAGUUAUCUGUUGUCAUGAAAAAAUAUGACUUAAUAUGUAUUGUCUUGCUAAGUCAAAUAAAUAUGCCCCUAUAUCUAAAUCAGCAAUAUGUAUUGUUGGCAAUGAAAUUUUUACCACAAAAGAUUUAACAUUUAAGACUUGGUUUUGUUUACUGAGAAAACAUGACAUGCUUAAUAACAAAAAAAUAAAAUGUUGACAUGUA